AACUUCCGUAAGAUCAACAUCAGGUCACCAGCCCAUAUCGAAAAGAGAGAGCAAAGAAGAGAGAAGACUCGCCUGACAAAAAACCUGUGAAUCAAGAUUAUUUAACUAAAUAUUUAAGUGACAUUUUCUGGAUACAACAUUAAAAUUAUCAACAGACAUUUAUACAACGACCUGUAACGAUAUUUCUAUUAUAAUAUCGUCCAUAUACAAGUAACAAGCAUAAAUUGACAAUGUGACAGUUCGCUAUGAAAAUUAGUGAAUAUUUUGGCGCAGCUUUACUAUUUAUUACCGUGGCCACGCAAUGUGAGAGUCUAAGUAAUAUUCAUAUAACUGGAACAGCUAUACGAAUUAGUCAAAGUUCUAAUGAUUAUAGUGUUAUGGAAGAUGGAUUUUUAGUUGUACAUUGUGAUGUACAAUUAAAAAAUGUUCCUUUUGUUUUUAUUAGUAUAGGACAAGAUUCAACCUACAUAUGUUACUUGAACAGAGAAAAUUUUAAAUUUAACAAAUCGGAAGGGAUUGGUGAUAGAUGCCAUGAAAAAUUAUUUGUGAAAGUAGACGAGAAAAAGUUGAGUGAUGACAUUUUUAGACUUAGCUUUUCGUUUGGCAUAACCUGGAGCAAAUUAUUUAGUGGUAGUUUACAGAGGUUUUAUACAUGUCGAUGUGAAUUGAGCUCCACAAUUGAGAGUUGGCGACAAGCUUCCCUGCAUAUGUUUGAUUGGCUGGAGCCUCCGAUAAUAAAAUAUUGUGAACUUAACGAUUAUUACAACGUUAAUUGCGAAUGGAAAUGGGAUAAUCAGGUGUACUCUAGUCAUUUUGGAAGUACAAUAUUACGACAAGUCAACAUUAGCAUCACUUACAAAUCAACAAAUUCAACUUUUCAUCAACUUUGUCGAAGAAGGGCUACAAAUAAGACACACUGUAUAGGUACAAUAGAAACGCCCUACAACAAGGAAACCAAUAAAUUCGAAAUACAAUUAAGUCCCCAACUGCAAAUUAAAUUUUUAAUGGAGUUUCCACAAUGGCUUAAUUUACAAAGUUUGUCUAAAGAGAAUAUAAAUGUUUCUAUGAAUAAGGAUAACUCAACAAUAAUUUUUUCACACCCGUGGAAAAGGGAAUAUAUCUAUCAAUUAGGAAAAGACAAUUUAACACCUGGAAAGCCACGUAUCUCCGCAUGUGAGCACUUGAAGAAUAUAGAUAUAAGCGGAACAUCGACAACAAUACCCGUUCAGCCGUCAAAAAAUUUCUUGAAAGUAAAACAUCAUUACGAUGUUGAACUGAAUCUCUACUGCAAAUUAUCAUCUAACGAAGUUGCUGUACUUGAUAAGAAAACUGUAUACGUCAUCACUGGAAAUGAAGAUUCAUGUGGAUUCUGCAAAUUUGAAAAUUUAGCCCCUGCAACAAAUUAUAGCGUGUUUAUGUCGUUGAUAGGAACUGAUAAUGGAAAGGAAUAUGGUAAAUCUAGUGAAAACACUGUUUAUACUUUUACAACAAAUACAACAGAACCCGAAGCUUUACCAGAGACUUUUUAUUAUAUUCAAAAUGGUAUUAAACCUUCAGUAGUUAUCAUCUGGAAUCCAUUAAGCAAAAGACAAAGAGGUGGAAAAACUACUGCAUACAAAAUCACAUUGAAAGAGGAUACUGCAAAAAUUUUGUCUGAUAUUAUGUUUGCAGAAGAGCCUUUUUUCUAUCAAUUUAAUUCGAAAUUGAUUAGUGAAACAAGACCGUAUGCAAUUAGAGUUGAAAGUACAUGGAAGAAGGACAAUACUUUUGACUUUUCCUCAUUAAAGGAGAGACCAGACCAAAUUGCCCUCCCUGUCAAUUGGAGCAAAAAACAACCAAAAAAUCUUUUGGUAACGGCCUAUAUUGACCGUCAUCCAUUGAGACUUGUAGUUUUAUGGUCAGAAUGGGCGUUGAAUGCUGCAGAAUAUAUUUUACUUUUAUGCCGUAAUCAAGAUAGCUUUUUAAACGGCUGUAAAACAAACUUGGAAAUUUUUAAAAUUUCAAGAGGAGAGAAUGUUUAUGAACAUUCAAUAGAUAGUAGAUCGUUAAACGAUUUUCAAAAGAAUUUUAGUAUAGCUAUUGCAUUAAAAUUGGAAGAAAAUUUUAUGUCUGGUUUGAUUUUUUCGCCAUGUGUUUUUAAGAAUAAAGUACGAUUGCACGGUACGAGAGGAGAAGAUAAUAUUGAAAGGAUAACAACAAUUGUUAAAGGAGAAAUGUUUCAAGCUAUAGUUAAAUUAAGGAAAUCUCCUUGCGAUCUUGAUGUAUUUUUCAUGUACAUCAUUGUAUAUUUCUGUAUUUCAAAGGAUAAUGUCUGCAUAGGAGAUGUUCACUUUGAAAAGAAGUGGUUAGGUAAAAGUAUAUCUAUUCAAUAUGAUUUGAAUAUUUCGGCUAAAAACAAUAUAUUGCUGUGGGCCAAUGUUGGUUCGCAUGUCGACGAGUCAACUAAUACUACCGCAGAAGAAAGUUUAGGACAAAUUUCAGAAGAAAUUAGAUCGAAUGUUGCUAUUUUAGUUGUUGGUGUUGCAAGUUCAAUAGCUUUAACUAUAGCUUUUAGUUUAUUCUUUUGGAAGUUAAGAGCCGUUUUAAAGAAGUGUGUUCAUUUUCCUAUUAGUAGAAAUCUACGAGAAGUGCGACUUCAUAGUGUUUCUUCCAACCAUCCUGAUGUACGAAUGAAUAAUGAGCUACCAAAUGGAGGCGUAGAAUUGUUAUUAGGUUCCACUGAAACUGGAAACGAAAGCGAAAAGAAUACCGACGAAACGAAUUUAACAUAUCCACAAUAUAUUGCAGUUCAUCAUUUAGAGGAUUCAAAUGGAUAUAUUUCAAACGAAGUCUCCUUUUUUAAUGAUAUCAAAAGACCGCCUUCACAUAAUGGUAACUUGCCAAGAGACAAUUUGAAUGUUUCAGGACCAGGACCUAACAACUCUGAGAAGAGUGGAGAAAUUUUCAUAGGUGAAGGACUAUUAUCUGGUUCUGUUCCAGCUAACUUGUUUCAGCUCAAUGCAGAUGAUUCUGUAGAAUGUAUGUCUAGUCAACCAGUUGUGGUUUCUGGUUAUGUCGACCCAUCCUACUUUUCAAGAGGGAACUAAAAAGCAUAUUUUGUUCAGUUUUUCAUACACAGUAUUAAGUUUACUUCAGUUAUAGAUUUUUCUGUUUAUACUAAACUUAUGUAUGUAAUGAAAGAGUCAGGGGUGCCUUAAACCACUAUAAAUUAUUUAAAGUAAAAAACUUUUAUUAGUGAAGUAAUACAGUUUUUAAUUUUGUAUUUAAUG